UGCCAGAAAUAAACGUACGUGAACUUGUUGUCAGACAACGGACGAAGCUCGUCACUAUGCCUUCAUACGACGUCGUCCAACCCCGCCGCCCUACCUAUGCUCAAAUACACAAACAACUCGACUUGAACUCCGCAAAGGAGCUGCCGGAGUCCCAUGCAUGGGCCAACCUGUCCCCCGCCCCCACCGCCGACGCUUCGCCGGAGGCCGAAUCCGUUCCGGUGAUCGACCUCGGCGGCGGCGAGGCCAAGGCGGCGGAGCUGAUAGGGCGGGCAUGCAAGACGUGGGGGGCGUUUCAGGUGAAAAACCACGGGGUUUCCCAGGACUUGCUGGACCGGAUCGAGUCCGCCGGAAAAAGCCUCUUCUCCCUCCCCUUGAGUCAGAAGCUCAAGGCGGCCCGCUCCCCGGUGGACGGCGUUUCCGGCUACGGGGUCGCCCGGAUUUCUUGCUUCUUCCCCAAACGUAUGUGGUCUGAAGGCUUCACCAUCGUCGGCUCCCCCCUUGAGCAUGCCCGCCUUCUAUGGCCCCAAGACUACUCCUUUUUCUGUGACAUAGUGGAAGAAUAUGAAAAUGAAAUGAAAAGGUUGGCGGGUAGGCUAAUGAAGCUAAUCUUGGAGUCCAUAGGGGUUUCCGAGGAAGAGGUGAAAUGGGCCGUUGGGUCCAGAGGAGAUCAAUCCAAAGGGAGGUGUUCGGCCAUCCAACUAAACUCAUACCCGGCAUGUCCGGAUCCGGGUCGGGCAAUGGGUCUGGCGGAACACACAGACUCCACCCUCCUGACCAUCCUCCACCAGAACAACACGAGUGGGCUCCAGGUGUUCCGGGAAGGGUGUGGGUGGGUGGGGGUCCCACCAGUCCCAGGGGCACUGGUGGUAAACGUCGGCGACCUCCUCCACAUACUCUCAAAUGGGGUGUACAACAGCGUGCUCCACCGGGCGGUGGUGAACCGUAGCCGACACCGGAUGUCGGUGGCGUAUCUCUACGGGCCGCCGCCGGCGGUGAAGAUAUCGCCGCUGCCCAAGGGGCAGCCACCGCUGUAUAGGGACGUCACAUGGAGUGAAUACCUUGGAACCAAAGCCAAGCAUUUCGACAAGGCACUUUCUUCCGUACGGCUUUGUACCCCUCUGAAUGUGCUUCCGGACACCAACGAUCACAAUCGUGUCCAAGUUGGUUAAUUUUCACUGUUUUUUCUCCCUUUUUUUGGAUGAGAAAUCCUAGAUUUCGUCCUUUGAGGAGUUAUACCAUUAUUGGUUCAAAAUUGCCAUUCUCCAGUUUUGUAAAUUAUGAUCUAGUCAUCUUAUUAUUUUAACUCUCUUACAUAACGCCUAUUUAGCAAUAUAAUUUACGGAGUAUGUGAUAGACUUUAAUCCCCUGGAUGAUUUAUAACAAUAAUAAUGAAUUCGAUAU